GGUAGGCUGGGCCUUUACCUAGAGGGAGGCAGCCAAGACAGCAGUCACUGCUGUUCACUUCUACUGCCAGGAAAACUAGGGCCUGGAUGAGACGCCUAUUCUUUUUGAGCUAUUCGAGGCUGUCUGACUCUGGUGAGACUCCUGGCUGUAGCCUAUGGGCCUCUGAGGAGGCGUUGUAAGUCUGCCCAGCUUCUCACUUACUGUGUUAGCACUCAAUGGGAAGGGAACCAAGGUCAGGCCAAGUGGGUCCAGACAUUGACACAGAAUCUGAUCCAGCAGGCCAGGCCUUGUCCAGCCAUCAGCCACAGCCUCCACACGAUACAAGGAUGGAAGUCAAAGGUCAGCUGAUCAGCUCUCCUACCUUCAAUGCCCCAGCUGCCCUGUUUGGAGAAGCUGCCCCCCAGGUGAAGUCAGAGCGUCUUCGAGGGCUGCUUGACCGACAGCGGGCCCUCCAAGAGGCCCUGAGUCUGAAGCUGCAGGAGCUCAGGAAAGUGUGUCUGCAGGAGGCGGAACUGACCGGCCAGCUGCCCCCUGAGUGCCCCCUGGAGCCUGGUGAACGGCCUCAGUUGGUACGCCGGAGGCCCCCCGCAGCACGUGCCUACCCUCCACCACACCCGAACCCAGCACACCACUCCCUGUGUCCUGCUGAGGAACUGGCUCUUGAGGCCCUGGAACGUGAGGUGUCUGUACAGCAGCAGAUUGCAGCUGCUGCCCGCCGCCUGGCCCUGGCCCCCGACCUUAGUGGAGAACAGAGGCGGCGUCGGCGCCAGGUGCAGGUUGACGCACUUCGGAGGCUGCAUGAGCUGGAGGAGCAGCUCAGGGACUUCAGGGCCCGCCUUGGCCUCCCAGUGCUCCAGCAGCUGCCCCUUUCUGCAGGAGCACUAGUCAGUGCCCAGGGUGUCUGCCUGGGCACACGCCUUGCUCAGCUCAGCCAAGAGGAUGUAGUUCUGCACUCGGAGAGCAGCUCCCUCUCAGAGUCGGGGGCCAGCCACGAUAAUGAGGAUCCUCAUAGCUGCUUCUCCCUAACCGAGCGCCCCUCACCACCAAAGGCCUGGGACCAGUUUCGGGCAGCAUCUGGGGGGAGCCCUGAGCGGCGAGCCCCAUGGAAACCUCCCCCAUCCGAUCUUUAUGGGGACCUGAAGAGCCGGCGCAACUCUGUGGCCAGCCCCACCAGCCCCACGCGCUCGCUGCCCAGGAGUGCCUCCAGUUUUGAGGGGCGAAGUGUGCCUGCCACCCCUGUCCUCACCCGGGGCACUGGCCCCCGGCUCUGCAAACCUGAAGGCCUCCAUUCUCGCCAGUGGUCCGGUAGUCAGGACUCUCAGAUGGGCUUUCCUCGGCCUGACCCUGCUUCGGAUCGGGCCUCUCUCUUCGCAGCUCGCACCCGCCGCAGCAAUAGCUCUGAGGCCCUGCUGGUGGACCGAGCAGCUGCGGGGGGAGCUGGAUCUCCACCUGCCCCCCUGCCUCCCCCUGCUGCUGGUCCUCCAGUCUGCAAGAGCAGUGAGGUGCUGUAUGAGCGCCCCCAACCAGUCCCUGCCUUCUCCUCCCGCACCGCUGGUCCCCCAGACCCUCCUCGGGCUGCCCGGCCUAGCUCAGCUGCCCCUGCAUCCCGUGGGGCCCCCCGGCUCCCACCCAUGUGUGGAGACUUCCUCUUGGACUAUUCGUUGGACCGGGGCUUGCCCCGUGGUGCUGGUGGGGCAGGUUGGGGGGAUCUGCUUCCUGCUCCUGAACUCCCAGGACCCCUUUCCCGCAGAGAUGGGCUCCUUGCCAUGCUCCCUGGUCCUCCACCCAUAUAUACCGCCGACGGCAGCAGCCCCCUUCUCCGCAGCAAAGACCCAAACACCCGUGCCAUCCGUUCCAAGCCCUGUGGCCUGCCCCCAGAAGCUGUGGAGGGUCUGGAAGUACAUCCAAACCCAUUACUCUGGAUGCCACCACCCAACCGGCUACCUCCAGCUGGUGAGCGAGGUGGCCAUAAGAACCUUGCCCUGGAGGGGCUCCGGGACUGGUACAUCCGGAAUUCAGGACUGGCCAUGGGGCCCCAGCGCCGGCCUAUGCUUCCACAUGUGGGCCCAACACACGCACCCUUCCUCCAUGCCCGCUGCUAUGAGGUGGGCCAGGCACUAUACGGUCCUCCCAGCCAGGCACCGCUCCCGCACUCGAGGAGUUUCACAGCACCCCCUGUCUCCGGCAGAUACUACACGGACUUCCUGUACCCCCCGGAGCUGAGCUCUCGUUUAAGUGACCUGACUCUAGAGGGGGAGCAGUCUUCCAGUUCUGAUUCCCAGACCCCAGGGACAUUGGUCUGACCCUUCCUGAUAAGCCCCAUGUUGGUCUGGACAUACUCCAGUCUGGGGAGCACACGGUCGACCUUGCUGAGCCCUGGGAUGUGGUUGCUCUUGGUCCUGAGGGACAGCUGCUUGAUCUCACAGGACGCCUGGCUUCUUUUGGGCCCAGGAGGAUGUCCGAUACUCCUGCUUCUCUUCUCAUUCUGUGCUGGGGGACUGGAGGGCCCCAGCUAGCUUCAAAGAGGGGGAUAAUGGUGGACUCUGCCCCUUCCUCCAUUUCUGUUUACAGUUGUGAUUUAGUAUUCCCUGUCUUUGCCCAACACUAGGUGUUUUAUAAAAGGGAAACUGUGAGCUCAUUCCUGGUUGGGUUCAUUCCUGUCCCUUUGCCCAACCUGUUCCUUUCAGGAACCACCACCCCGCCUCAGUGAAAUGGACCAUAUAGAGUCUCGGGGGUUAAGCGACUGCUGUGAACAGAACUCUUUGCCUCCUUCCACUAGAGUUCUCGAACAGAUGGGCUCCUGUCCACCUUUGGAAGGAUGGAAGUCUGGGUGGGGUAUCUGAAGGAGCUAUUGUCUCUGUGUCUGCCCAUGGCCUCUGUGUUGACCUUCCCCAAUCAGGAAGCUAUACAAGAGGUUGUCAAGAAGCGGAGCCAUUUGAGUAUGUUGCAUCCUGGGAUGCUGCAGUGGUUAAAACUGGCAACUGAUAGAUGCCAGCGAAACCCUCAGGUGACAUCUGGCCAUGGGCCACAGGCCACAUCAUGUCCUCCUUGGCAUUCCUUCUAUUUACCACUUUUUAAACAAAUCCACAUAAGCUGUGUUUUCUAUAUGUCUGUGACUUUCUGAAGCUGGGGGUUCCCCUACCCCCUUUACCUGAUAUUAAAUUUUCUUUUUGUACCAGUGGAUCUGGGCCCAAGACGUCACACUGGAAGGGGAUUUCUAUAAUAAAUGUAUAAACUGAA